CGGGCGGGGGGGAGGGAGCGGGAGCGUGACCGUGACCGGGCGCGGGGCCGCGCGUGCGGGACGGCGGCGCGAUGGCGCGGCGGGGACGGGCCGUUAUUUAGGGGCUGUCGGCGGGCGCGGGGCGCUGGUGGCGGCAGCCCCGGUGCUGCGGCGGCAGGAAUCCUGUGCAGCAUGUUUCCUGUGUGGAACCGGGUGGUCCAUGGCUUAUAUCUGCUCUUGAGUAUUUGUUCUCUUGAAGUUUCAGGUGGACUUGUACAGUCAUGUGGUCACAUCAUCCCAGAGUCUCCUGUAUUGGCUAUUGGUUCCAAUUUCACAGCAUUAUGCAUUUUGAAUGAGAGUUGUCUUGACUUUGGCAAUAUCUAUGCCAGUCAAAUUAUCUGGAAAGUUAAAAAUAGAGUGGUACCUAAAGAACAGUAUCGUGAAAUAAACAGAACAGUUUCCAGUGUCACAUUCAAUGAUACUUCUUCACUAGCUACUCCUCUGACAUGCAACAUUUUAGCAGAUGGACAGAUUGAGCAGAACAUUUAUGGAAUUACAGUUACAAUAGGCUUGCCACCAGAGAAGCCCACAAACUUAAGUUGCAUUGUGCAUCAGUUGUCAAAACUCACAUAUCCUAUGACUUGUACCUGGAACCCUGGAAGGCAUACGUUCCUGGACACACACUUUAGGUUGAAAUACAGAUGGCCACAAGAGAACUUUCCUGACUGUAUACCAAAAGAUGUAAACAAUUCUUGUACCGUUACUGAUGUUCAGUUCUUUGUUAACCUGGAGGUCUGGGUAGAAGCAGAAAAUGCUCUUGGGCAGGCUGAAUCUGAUCCUCUUGUUCUUGAUCCCAUUGAGAUUGUUAAACCUCUGUCUCCACACAACUUAUCAGUUGACUCAGGAAUAUUACCUACUGUUCUGAAGCUUUCCUGGGAGAAUCGGAUUUCAGCACCUGUGAUGAACCUGAAGUUUAAUAUUCGCUACAAGAUCUUUGGUGACACAAACUGGAUGCAGGUUCCUCCUGAAGAUAUAGAUUCACCAAGAACUUCAUUCAGUGUUCAGGGGCUCAAACCCUACACAAAGUACGUCUUCUCAGUUCGUUGCAUGAAGGAAGAUGGAGUGGGCUACUGGAGUGACUGGAGUGAAGAGAAAACUGGGGUCACCACUGAAGAGAAACCGUCUAAAGGACCAGCCAUAUGGAGGAUCAUUGAAACAUCUCACUCACCAGUUUCCUGGACUGUGCAUCUGAUGUGGAAGGCAUUGGAACCAUUUGAAGCCAAUGGAAUAAUCUUGUACUAUGAAGUGACUGUCAGAGCUAAAUCACCUCUCUCCAGUCCACCAGACAAAUACAACGUUAGUACCACAAACCUUACAUUAAAGAUGCCAAAUGGAACAUACGAAGUGACUGUGAUUGCCCAUAACAGAGCCGGGGCAUCCCCUCCAUCAGUUUUACUUAUCCCAGCAAGUAAUUCAAAAGCUCCUGUGAAGAAUGUUAGAACAAUACCUAAAGAUGGCAAGUUGUGGGUACGGUGGACUGCUCCUAACAAUUAUGUUCUUAAAUAUGUGAUCGAGUGGUGCUUGGUGUCCAACAGUGCAGAUUGCAUCAUAGAAUGGCAGAAUGAACCAGGAAACAUUCAAGGAACAUACUUAAAAGGUGAUAUAAAGCCAUUCAAGUGUUACUUGAUAACUGUGUACCCUCUGUAUGCUGAUGGUCAGGGAAGUGGACAGUCUGUAAAGGCUUAUCUUCAGCAGGAUCGUCCCUCAAAAGGACCAACUGUUCAGACAAAAAAAGUAGGAAAAGCUGAAGCUGUUUUGACAUGGAACCAUCUCACAGUGGAUGAACAAAAUGGAUUUAUCAGAAGUUACACCAUAUUUUACAAAACUAUUGAUGGAAAUGAAACAGCUGUGACAGUGGAUCCUUCCAAGACAGAGUAUACCCUUUCUCCUCUAACAAGUGACACACUGUAUACUGUGCGGAUGAUGGCCUACACAGAUGAAGGAGGCAGGAGUGGUCCUGAUUUUACAUUUACUACACAAAAAUUUGGGAAAGGAGAAAUUGAAGCCAUAGUUGUACCUGUAUGUCUAGCAUUCCUGUUGAUUGUGCUCCUUGGAGUUUUGUUUUGCUUCAACAAACGUGAUUUAAUUAAAAAGCAUAUCUGGCCUAUCGUCCCUGAUCCAUCCAAGAGUAACAUUGCUCAGUGGUCUCCUCAAGUUCCAGCUAAGCAUAACUUUAGUUCCAAAGAUCAGAUGUACCCUGAAGGCAGCUUUACAGAUGUAAGCGUCGUAGAAAUAGAAGCUGAUGACAAGAAGUCUUUUUCAGAACAAGAUCUAAAACCCUUUGACUUGCUUAAAAAGGAAAAAAGUACAUCAGAAGGGCACAGCAGUGGUAUUGGAGGAUCCUCAUGCAUGUCUUCUCCUAGGCAAAGUGUCUCUGACAGCGAUGAAGGCGAAACUACACAAAACACUUCAAGCACUGUUCAAUAUUCAACUGUAGUACUUAAUGGCUACAGAGACCAAACACCUGUACAAGUCUUUUCAAGGUCUGAAUCGACCCAGCCACUGCUAGAUUCAGAAGAGAGAUCAGAGGAUCACACUGGAGGAAGUGACAGUACAACACUGAGGCAGCAGUAUUUCAAGCGAAAUCGUGGUCUGGAUGAAACCAACGCAGACAGGCAAUGCUUUGAAAGAACAAAGCAAAUUACUUCUGCUAAUGAGGGGGAUCUUGCUGGAUUUGCAGAUCAGAGUUCACAGCUGUUGGGCUUCAGGCUGGAAAAAAAUACCCAGGAAGCUGCUCUAUCAGAUGUUUUACUGACAAGUACUGAAGGACAAACUGUGAGAGCUGAAACAGUGGAAGGAAAUACACCAUCAUUUGAUGAAAUGCCAAAAAGUUACCUUCCUCAGACUGUGAGACAAGGGGGAUAUAUGCCUCAGUGAGAGAGGAAACUGGCUCUCUUUAGGCCUUCAUUAGUGCCUGUUCACACUUGCUCCUGUGUUUUGGAUAAAUUAAGCUAGGUAUUUUUGUCUGAAUACAGAUAGAAAUAUUGAAAUCAAGUGAAGACUACAUUGACAAAGUACAAUAAGGCCUGAUUUUGUGGAAAAUUUGCAGUCCAGACUUGCUGGAGACUUUUACGCACUACAUAAACUGUCUGGAUAGCUGAACAAGCCGUUGUGCUACCUUGGGUUUUUUGCCUUGUCAUACCAGACUUAUACAUGAUUGAAAAUGGCAAGUUUUGAUUAACCACAUCAGGCAAUAGACCUCCUAGAAGAAGUACUUCGAUUUGUGACAGAGUACAAGCCUGAAAAGCCAGCUUUAGUUGCUUGGAGCAUCUUUGUGCAAAAGACUGAAGCUUAGUAUUCUAACAUGGAAAAAUUGUGUCAUUUAGUUUUCAGUUGCUUGAUUGACUUUCUGAAUUCUAACUUGGCUUACCAGACAUGCAAAUCAUGUUCACCCCCAUUUAAAAAUUACAAAAGUUAAACAGAACUUGCUGUGGUGUGCAAAUAAGAAAACACCAUGAUCGUUUGACCCUGAAUGCUACUAUAGUAAUUGAUGUUCUGCCUAUAUUUAGAUAUGUGUGCACACAUUAUUGUAUAAUAAUUUGGUCUAAAAAUGUGCCUUGCAAUUCAGUCUCAUGUUCAGAAGUUUUAAAAUCCAGAUGAAAAUACAGAUUAACAGUUAGUCAAAGGUUUUGUACCCAGAUCCCUGUCUGUUUAUAGCAUACCUCUCUGGUCAUAUAAAUUGCCUCUGUUUAAUAAGUGCAUCUUUGCUGUAUACAGCUUGAGAGGCAACUAAUGAGCUGUAACUUUUUACCAUUUUUCUAACUGCUCAGGAGAAAGAAUAUAUGACCUUCUUCCUGAUAGACGACAACAGUGUGCUGUAACCUCACUGCUAGUGCUGCAGUACCUCCUUAAAACUGAAAGCAGCAAACGCCAAAGCAUUCAAAGUCAUGGAAGCUCUCAGAAGAAAAAACAAAACCUAUCCCCUGAAUUAAAGCAUUACUGGUAGUAUGUAUCUGUUAGCAAUCGUGAGCCACAAAUAACACUUUAAGUGGCUGCUAAAAUUCCUUUUUUCCUUAUGUCUCAUUUUUCUCCUGUUCAUACAGUUCACAUUUUAUUGAAGAAGGUAUACUUCUUGAAGAUUAUCUCUACCAGGGUUUAAAGAAAAAUGAAACUACAUUAAAAUGAGCCCCUUCUCUGAUUAUAACUAGAAAUUUUAUGGCACUCUUCUAGAUUUUUUUUUUUUACCUUAAUCUAGUCAGUUUUCUAAUCUGACACUAAUAAAGCCUUUAUUCAAAACACUAAAUGCUGUGUUGAGAGGAUAAAACAAGGUUUUAUUUCUCCUUCAGCAAAGAACUAUGUAUUUAAGACCACCUGAAACAUUUUGUGCUGUGACCUCUGGUGCUGCUGUUCUGCAGAGCACUUCCUAAAGGCCCUGGAAAAGCAGGUGUCACUAUCAUUUCAGCCUCCCUUGGCCUUGUCUGCCAGCCUGCAUGGAAGGACAGAUGUACAUAUAAAUGUUCACCUGCGCCUUCUGCUUUUGUGACAAAGAAACUCAAUACUAGAGUAAAUUCAUAAGAUUACCUCUUGAAGUCUGGACUAUUUAAAACAGAUAAAGAAUGCAGAAACUUAAAAAACAUUUCUGUGUUCCACAGUUCCUUUCUCCCAACAGUAUAUUUUGUAUCUGGGCACUUUUUUAAACUAACAGGCUAUGUGGUAGCUUACUAUAACUACACAUUUCUUCAAACCAGUCCUCUUCCUUUUUUUCCCGACUCCACCUCAGCACCUUCAAACUCCCUCCCUGAGGGCAGGAGCAUAAUCAAAGCUGUGCUGUCAAGAGAGAGUAGAGACCGUCUUUCAUUUUUUCAGAAGCUGAAGGAGCAUUUUUUUCAUCAGAACACAUUCCUCUUGGAAAAUAAUAGGAGUUAAUUUACUGGCAGAUGGGUUGUCUUUUCUAUGCAAACUAUAUAGUGACUGUAGAAACCACAAGUAAAAGGUAAAGUCUCUGCAGUGUGUAUGUUUAUUAGAGCUGCCCUGCAACCACGUGCAUCUAAUCCACCUCCGGUGCAUCUCUGAAACAUUGUGGGCUACAACCUGGCUGCUUAGUCCAAACAUUGCUUCAAAGGCCAGAUACUUUCAAAAACAUGCAGAUUUUUUUUGUUUUGUGAUCUGGUGAUGCUAACUUUUGAUAGCAUCAAAGAAUAUGAUGCAUUUGUCAUAUUUGAGGGGCAACUUCAGUUAUUCUUGAAGUUGCUAUUUGCCUUUCUGUUGUGUAAAAGAAGGGCGUUUUGUUCUCGGUUGUUGUUAAUCAUGGACCGUUUCCAAAUAUUGGAAAAGUAUUGUCAAGAGAUUUGCAUUUUUAAAGGUCUGUGCUAAUGAGAUUUCUGGCCUGUCAUGUCUAGCGUCUUUCUUUGUUGUGGUCAGUGGUAAUCAACUUACAGAACCACACAGGAGUCUAUCCUAGAGACAAUUCUGUAUAUCUGGCAGAGCUGUAUUCUAUCUUUCAGUCUUGUGCAUUUAUCUAGGGCUAAAAUACUAAAAACUAAGCAGAAGAUACUGGUGGGUGAGCAGCUUGUAGAAGCCACAAUACAUACAAAUAACAGGUUUACGGCUUGUUCAUAAACCUAUGUGCCAAAUAUUACACCGUGCAGUGUCAGGAUUUAACUUGAUUUUGUACUUGGAUCGUAACAAUCUAAUUGUAUCAAACAGUUAAAUACAGUUUUUUGAGCAUCUGUAAUGUCAUUAUAGCAACCUACUGAAAUUCUCUGAAGUUGGCCCUAACAUAGCAGUUAAAGAAAAAGCUUCUUCCCCCCCAGUAACUAUGUUGCACUUUAGAAAAUAAAGGCAUUAUUAAAAUAAAAUCACACUUCAGUACUGACACUUUGAUGUCCAUCUUGAUUUCCUGGACUGGGAUUUUUCAGGUAGGGGUGGGAGAAUAGCUGUAAAGACCUUGUAACUUUGAUGGCAGGCGAGGGAGGCUAGUAGGAAUAGAAACUAUUUUUCAUGUAUUAGCAUGUUUGGAAGGUCUCUUAAGUGCAGGUUGGCUAACUGCUCCUCGAUUUAUGAAAGUUAAUAUAUUUACCUCCAGUGUUGUGGUGGUUUUGCUAGAACAGAAGGUUGUUUGGGUUAUUUCUGGGGUGUGUUUGCUUGCUUUCAGGGCAGUGAAUCUGGUAAUACCCUCUCCCACUGUAGUAAAAGUUUUGGGAUUAUGUUUCAUAUGCCCUACUGUAGCAAACUGCCUGUUAAGCCUUAACCUGGCAGCACAAAGCACAACAGACACAGAAUUUUUCUAAACUUCAUUCUGGAGUGUUUGUGACAGGCAUGUAUGUGCCUAUCUGUGCUACAGCAGCCUAGCAAAAUGGCAAUUAUCAGGGCUGGAAAAAAACUUUGGCCCUAGGAGGAGGAAAGAGUUUGCAUGCGAGGGCUGAGUCCCAUUCUUGGGCACGGGAGAGGUCCCAUGGCCUGGGGUGGGGUUUGCAGCUUCAGCUUUGACUGUAAACCAUGAGCAAAUAAACCACGAGUAAGCUAAAACUUACAUUGGUGUGUCCAAUAUGUAGGAAUCAUCAUGCUGGUUUAACUUCAGUAAUGGAACUUGUUUAAUUAGUGCCAGGUCUUGAAUAUCCAAGACCCACAUCAAUAUAUGCUGCUAUAGUGUUGACUUCACAGCGGGAUUUGAAGCUCCAAAGACUCAAAUAGUUAAUAAUAGUCAGCCCCACUCCAGGACAUUCACAUUUUAAAUCGUAAUUAGUGUGCAUUAAACAGGACUAAAUAUACUGGUUUAUUUUCCCUCAGUUGUUGUAAUUAAGGUAAACUGUUAUUUUGAUACAUUCCUUUAUGUGUGUUAAAAAGUUCUUCCGACUGGUGGAUUUUAAAACUUUAUUAAUCCCCUGUAACCUUGUCUGUUUGGUAGGAUUGCUACACAUAGCUGUUCUAAAAUUCCAAGAGUUGCUUUUAAUGUUAUUUAGAAGUAGUUUAUAACAAAAUUUCUGAGGUUUUUUUUUUUCAUGGAAAGGCCAUCUAGGAAUGACAGCCAACCCCACAAUAUUCAUCUUAGCUUUUGUUCUGGAAAACUGCAGUAAAGGGGAGGUACAAGUGCAUUAAGUACCUUGCAUUGAACUCACUACUUCUCUUCUCUCUUCCUUGAAAGAGAUAGGAUCAGCUAAAAAAGAAAAAGAAAAAACAACUAUAAUACGUAUGUUUGCUUUCACUUGUUUCCUUUUUAGUACUUGUGCAAUCUGAGCCAUUCCUAAUAAUGAAAGUAGUGCUGACUAAAUGCACAAGGAUGCAUUUUUUUUUAAGGCCACAAGAUUUGAUAUGAACAGAUUAAAAUUUAAUGAAUAAGGGCCAGAUCUCAGCAACUGUCCACUUCCCCCUCCACCCCGCUCUUAAUUUUAGUGCAGAGAGAGAGGGUGGGUAAUAAGUACCUCGCAGAACGCAGCCUUAGCCACUGCUUGUGUUUAACUGCAACGCAAACCUUGAAGGGGAUAAAAGGUAUCAUAUGGGGAUAUAUGCAAUAAAGGCAUUGCUACUCUGCAGAAGCACACGUCUGUAACAACAGAUCAAGACCGCGUAUGGCACAACUGCCGACAGACGGACAGACAGCUCCUCCUGCACAGGCUGAAGCGUCUUCUGCAGCCUGACCAGCUGCUAUUCUCUGGUGACAGCAGGCGCAGUAGGUGGCGUGUUCUGUGCAGUGUUCAGACCCGUAACACCUAUCGCUUUUCUUCAUAUCAAAGCACAUUCGUUAGUGGAUCCAGUCAACUUGCUGUGGUUUUUUUAAUACACCAGUCUUGUUUACAGUGUCACAUACAGACUGACACUUUGAUACAGUGAUGGAUUGUCUCGUAAUCAAGCGCUUUUAUUUGGGGAUAAGGAGUCUACGGUCAAGGUUACUGGUCAUCGAAUGUUGCUGUGUGGAUACUGGCAUCUAGGCGAGCAGCCAUGUGGGACAUGGGGACAGACCUGCUCAGAAGGACAGUGCCUUGAUGCUGGAUUGGAUGGAUAGCAAGUGUAAACAUUGUCUAAUUUUACUGUGUACUUCAAGUAAGUAUGGCUGAUUAAGCUACUGGUAAUUUGAAUGCCAGCUUUAAAGGGCUUGCAUACUUCAGCCAGACGUUAAACUUGUAAAUUGCUGCAUAAGCUGUCUCUAUAUGGAAAUGUCUUUUAAUACCAGUACACUAUCUUCAUUCUUUUGCAAACUGCAUGUUUAUUGUCAUAUAAACUUUGCUUUCUACAAUUUAUUUCAUGGUCAGUUUUGAAUGUCUUCUUCUUUGUUACACAACUGAGCCUGAAUGUUGCAUUUAUCUCGUACAUAAUCUAUGGCAAGAAAACAAAACAAAAUUCCAUA